AUGGAGAACGAUCAGAAUAACCAAGAUGCAGAUAAUGGUCUGGAAUACUUUAGAAGUAUGUACGAUAGAUACAGAGAUACGUUCAUAAACCAUAUUAAUGAUUAUAUAUUAGAAGAUGAUAUAAAAAUAAUAAUUUCAAAGUAUUAUAAACUAUUAUUUGAUUAUAACUGCUUAGGCGGUAAAAAUAAUAGGGGAAUUUUAGUUAUAUUAAUUUAUGAAUAUGUAAAGAAUAGAGACAUUAAUUCUAAUGAAUGGGAAAAAGUAGCUUGUAUAGCAUGGUGUAUAGAAAUUUUGCAAGCAUCUUUUUUAGUAGCAGAUGAUAUUAUGGAUAAGGGGGAAACUCGUAGAAACAAACAUUGUUGGUAUUUAUUAAAAGACGUUGAAAUUAAGAAUGCCGUGAAUGAUGUGUUUCUUCUGUAUAACGCUAUAUACAAAUUACUUGAUAUAUAUUUGCGCAAUGAUAACUGUUACUUGGAUUUAAUUACAUCCUUUAGAGAAGCAACUUUAAAAACUAUAGUAGGACAACAUUUAGAUACAAAUAUAUUUUCAGAUAAAUAUUCCGAUAUAAAUAAAGAUAUAAAUGUUAAUAAUAUUAAUAUAUCUGAAGAGAAUAAAAUUAAUGUGAACAUGUUAAAUUUUAAUGUUUAUCAAAAUAUUAUUAUUCAUAAAACGGCUUAUUAUUCAUUUUUCUUACCUAUUGUUUGUGGUAUGCAAAUGGGGGGUAUAUCUAUGGACAACUUGUUAUACAAAAAAGUUGAAAAUAUAGCAAUUCUUAUGGGGGAAUAUUUUCAAGUCCAUGAUGAUUAUAUAGAUACCUUUGGAGAUUCUAAAAAGACGGGAAAAGUUGGCUCAGACAUUCAAAAUAAUAAAUUAACAUGGCCUUUGAUAAAGGCAUUUGAACUAUGUUCACAAUCUGAAAAAGAGGAUAUAAUAAGAAAUUAUGGGAAAGAUAAUGUAACAUGUAUUAAGUUUAUUAAUGAUAUAUAUGAACAUUAUAAUAUCAGGGCUCAUUAUCUGGAAUAUGAAAAGAAGCAAAAGAUGAAAAUUUUAGAAGCCAUAAACCAAUUGCAUCAUGAAGGUAUAGAAUAUGUCUUGAAAUACGUAAUGGACAUUUUGUUUACAGGUGCAUGA